GCAUGCGUUAUUAUGGCUUGGUUUUGGCGGUUCAUUUUCAAUGUCAACACGCAGAUCAUAACAAAACAUCAUCGUGUUUAGUUGGUUUGCGACCGUGGAUGUGAUUUCUUCCGAACAAAAUAAAUAUCAAUGGAUUUCUUCCAUAAAAUUCCAAAGAUAGAGCUACAUGCCCACCUCAAUGGAUCGCUGAGCAAUCGCACGCUGAAAGAGUUGAGGAAGCUAAAAUACGGCCAGGUUAGCGACGAUUCGUCAAAGCAUGUAGAUGAUAGCUUCUACAAGAUAACGGGUGGACAGAGUUUGUCUCUGAAAGAAUGCUUCCAAAAGUUUAGCUACGCACACGAGCUAACGGACCAACCCGAAACGUUGGCUUAUGCGACGCAAUCGGUGAUUCGCGAAUUCGCCGAAGAUAAUGUGAUCUACUUGGAGCUAAGAACAACACCAAAAUCGACAACCCAUAUGACCAAACGGCAGUACCUGACAACGGUUCUCGAGACAAUAAGACAAGCCAGUAAAGACUUCCCUUCGAUCGUAGUCAAGCUACUACCGUCAAUAGACCGCUCGAAGGGACUCGUCGAAGCGGAGGAAAAUGUGGCGCUGGUGUUGGAUUUGUUGCCCUCAUUUGCCGACGUGAUCGUCGGAAUGGAUCUGAGUGGAGCUCCGUACGGGACAAAGUUUUCCGAUUUCGCCAAAAUUAUGAAACCGGCCCAAGCUGCGGGACUGCGAAUGGCACUGCACUGUGGCGAAUUCGACGAUGACGGAGAGGUGCGGGAAAUGUUCGAAUUCGGCACCGAUCGCAUUGGACAUGGGACUUUUGUGAAGGGUGAUGAACUACAGUUUGCCAAAGCAAGUGGGAUUCCUUUCGAGUGUUGCCUGACCAGCAAUGUGAAAUGCAGAACGGUGGCUUCGUAUGAGGAACACCAUUUUGGGAAACUUUGGGAAGGUGGCUACGACGUCUGUAUCAAUACGGACGAUUUUGGAGUAUUUGACACAAACCUCUCGCAGGAGUUGGAAAUUUGCAGCAAGGUGUUCGGAUUGUCUCAUGACGAUAUUAUUCGGUUGCAGGAGCGGACCAUCAACUACGCAUUUGCCAGUGUUCAAGAAAAACAACGUUUAACGGAAACACUUGCAACGUUUAAAACAUCGAACAAUGAAUAAUACACCUAUUAAUGUUCUAUUGCAUCAAAUGUUUCAAUAGGAGUCAAUACAGUACAGUACAAUACAUUCAGUGAUCAACAA